AUGGCUUUCACCGGUUCUGACAUCUGCAAGAUCAUGUACGUCUUCGCUAUCCUGCUCCCACCGCUGGGAGUGUUUCUCGAGCGCGGUUGCGGCGCCGACUUCCUCAUCAACAUCCUCCUCACCCUCUUGGGAUAUCUUCCUGGCAUCAUCCACGCGCUUUACAUCAUCCUAAAGUAUUAG